UUCUGGCAUUCUCUGAUUCACUGCGUUUCGCUUUAAUAUUAUUUUCUCGAUUCCAAUUUUUUAUUUUUGGUGUUUAAACAGUGGUUUUGCGUUUGGCUUUGUUUUUCAAGCUAAGAGAUUAACAUCAACGUUAUUCACGGUUGGAACCAGUUCUAGAGGCUUAGUGUUUUCAAUAAAUACAUUUUAUAUUUGAAAAAAAAAAAAAAAAAAUCAGUGAGAAAGAAAAUUAAAACGAUAUAACCGUUCGUGAGCCCAGUGAAUGUGAUUGUGAGUGUAAAUGUGAUGCUCAAUGAAACUUGUCGAUAAAUUUAGAUCAUAGAUGUUCGACCCGUCACCGAAGAUUCAAUUCACAACAUGAUCUACAAUUGAAUAAAUUUCAAUGAGCAUAGAAUGCGUGUUAUCGACGAGAACAAUAGUGGCCAUAAGCAAAUCAAAUGAUGAUGCGACCAAUUUCAUUUGUGCUACAUAUUUGCAUAAUUACGAUAUUUUUUAAUUGUUCAAUAUGCGCCGAACUAAGGAAAUUCGCACAAUCAACAAUAAUAAACCACGACGACGACGUUGGCAUUGUGGUGCCCACGAACAGUUUAUACUUAAUUAAAGAAUCGGCGAAUGUGCAAAGCCAUAACCGUUCUUCAUCGUACGAUGAAGACGAAUCGGAUUAUGGACGAAAACCGAUUAUCAAUGAAUCUAGUCAACGAAUUGACGACGAUUUUGUGUCCUUACCCAAUCACCAUAUCGGGUACUAUCUCGAAAAUCGCAACGAAAAUAGCAAAACACAAUCGAUCGUUGAGUCACAAAAACACAAACGAGCAAUUGAACCACAAGAUAUUUGCGAUACAAAUGAAUGUAAAUGCAAAUUCGAAACGAAAUUUUUAACAGUUGAUUGUCAUUUUCAACAACACUACAUAUUCGGCACUGGCAAAAUGAUUCAACCGUCCGCUGAAACGUUGCUGAUUACAUUGUCUUCUGAUGCGGAGUUUACAUUGGAUGGAAAUGUGUUCAAAAACAAUCGUCUAAAUCGGAUCAUGAUUCAAGGAAGUGGUUUCGAUACGGGUCGAGAACAUGUCGAAAUAAAAGCGAAUGCAUUUUCUGGUAACUUCGGACCAUUUCCAGAGAUUGAAAUUGUAAACGUGCACACGGUGAAUAUUCGAUCGAAUGCAUUUUACCGCGAAUUUAAACUAAACAUUACAAAUUGUGCCAAGGUUCGGAUAUUUUCGGAAGCAUUUGCCAGCACAACAUUUCAUGCGCAUUUCGAAAAUAUUGCCGAUUUUCAAUUGCUGGAACGUGCAUUUUCCAAAUCGACCGCAAAGGUUACGAUCAAUAACAGCCGAUUGGAUGAACUGAAGCGACUUGAUGCAACGCUCAAGGAGAUUAAAUUCACCAAUACUCAUAUUGGUGUUGUGCAAACCAAUGCAUUCGAUGUAAUUAAAAUUGAUUCGAUCAUCUUUGAAAAUUGUCACAUCGAAACUAUUCAAGCGAACGCAUUCACCGAAAAAUUGCUUAGCAAUCUUCUAAAUUUGACUGGUUGCUAUAUUGGAAUGAUCGAAGCAUCUGCCAUUGCGGGAAGUGGAGUUAGUGAAGUCAUUCUCAAUAAUAAUAGUAUGUCAAACAUAAAGGGAAAAGCAAUUACAUUGACUUCAAUUAACAUACAAAUUCAGGGCAAUAAUAUAAGUCUGACGGAGAUUUUUUGGUUUCGCGUUGAAGGCUGGUCGACCGUUGUGAUUGAGAAUAAUCACUUUGGCGUGUACGAGCGUAUGGGUGUGGAGAUCACAAAGAGUCCAAUUAAAUGCAUGUUUGAAAAUAAUUUCAUCACAAAAACCGUGGCCGACAGUUUGAACUUCAAAAGUCCACAUUGUCGUGUCAAACAAGUGUCAUUUGAUCGUGCGUGUUCAUGCAAUUCGACGUAUUUCCGGGAUCUCUCAUACAACGACCUCAGCUCAGACAGUUAUUGUCGCAUCGAUUCAACUCUGGCACAUUGUUUCAAUGCCUCACUUUACAACGUAAAAUCAUACAAAGAUGCCAUCUGCGAUGACUCAAAUCAAAUUGACUGCGUCAAAGAUCGAAUCAACGCCAAACGAAAUGGCUAUUUCAUCGAUUUGGAUCGUUUUUUCAAUCGCAGUGAUAAAUUAUUGUACGUUUAUUUAGGCAUUGGCAUUUGGCUAAUAAUUGUGAUAAUAUUCUUGUUAAUGCUAAUCAUUCGACGUUGUUUAAAAACUAAAAAAGAUAUUGAUGAUGGACCAACACGUGACAUUAUGUUAAUGGAAAGUUUGCAUCCAACAACAGCCACAUUGACAACUCAACUCUACCAUCAAGGAUUCAUCGAUUCGGAUUUGGUUGUUAUUAAUCGAACACUACGGGAAAUGAAACAAAAAUAUCAACCCGAACUGUAUGAUCAAAUUGAUAAUAAUACACGAAAACUAAUAGCCGGCAAUCUGACCGAAACCGAUAAAGUGAAAACGAUCGGUGAAAUCGUUCAGUGCUUAAACGACUGUGAAAAUGAGGGCAUCGAUUUCAUUGCAUUUACAGACAUUUUAUAUAAUCACCUCGGUGCUGGUUGUGAAACAAUACAUACACAACAAAUAAAUAGUCCAAUUUAUGCAGAACCCGCUUUGGCCCAUUUGGAUAUAGUGAAUUCAACGAAUGUCGGUCGAAAUAAUCUCAAUUUUAUUGGCGAAGGUAUUGACGGUGAACAUAUCUACGCAGAACCAAUGAAUCUGCAACAGCCACUGUUGCGAAAUGAAUAUCAAAUGCCACACGAUCACGACAACAAUAGUCACAUGUAUACAGAACCGAUAACCGGUGCCAUAGAUUAUAUCUCAUCACCUCGACCCGUAAAUCCCAUCAGUAAGAAAUUCGAUCCAUCACAUUUGUACGCAUUACCGUCCAAAUCAGUAUCGCGACCGAAUCAAGCGAGCUGUCUGCCAACAAUUGAAGCUUCGACAAGUUCAGCAUUUUCCAAUAAUAAAAACCGUAGUUUACCAAAGAUUAGUUUAGGCGAAAAAUUUAAGAACAGCGCACAUUCAUCAUCACAAGAAUCGAAUUCCCAUUCAGAUCACUCGGGCGCCAGCGGCGUUACUUUACCAUUAGACGAACCAAUUGAAUAUGCAGACGCGUGAUCAAAAACAUUUAAAUCAAAAUUAUUCUAUAUCCGUAUGUCUCAAAUACUUUUUUCUAUUUCAACUAUAUGAACUGUUUUUUUUUUUUUUUCAAAGAUUGUAUGAAAAUUUAAAAUUGAUUUUUUUUCGUAUAUAUUUGGCGUUAAACAUUUUUUUUUUGAUGAUGUGAUUUUGUAUAUUUAUAUAGCAAUAUUUAUUUUGAUCAAUUCGUAUGAUCAAAUUACGUAAGAUAAAAGACCUUAAAAAUUGUCGUCUUUCAAUUGCAAUCAUUCGAAAUUUGAUGAAUCAACAUGUUGAAAUUCAUAUAUCGGAGACAUCAAUUAGCUUUAGGUUAUUAUUUUAAAUGAAAAUUAAAUAAAUGGUGUAAUCAAAA